AGCGCGAACGCAGUCCCCCACUACCAUAAAUUAUGCAGUCGAGAUUCCCACAUUUGGGGAAUUCGCAGGGGUCAGCACAGCCGAAGUGCAAUGGCUGAGCCUCACCCUGGGUGAACCACCUUCAUGAUCAUGGUAUCUCCCCUGCCAGGUCAGAGGGCAGCUGGACUGGAGGGGACGGGAGGCUGGGAGUGGACCAGUAAACCGAUGAGGGAGCAGAGGGAGGAUGGCGAGGGAGCAGCAGCAGACAACCAGCAGCAAUGGACGACUCUCAACAGUUUAAUAGACAUCCUAAGUGAAGCUCAGCCCGGAGGCAGGUUUUGGUCCCAGACUCUGAAAACUGUGUGCUGCUUCGCCCCGGUGGCUGCAGUGUGGUUCGCCUGCCAGCUGGAGGCGCUGCCGGGCCCCGCUCUGCCGCAGCAGGACGCGUGCUGCAGGCUGCUCUUACUGUGUUUACUGUGGGCGGUUCUGGCUGGAGCUAUUUACGCCCUGAAAGGCUGCCUGCAGCCAGAACCGAACCGGCAGGAACCUCCACAGACGACACAGCAGCUGGUUGAGCCUGAAAUCAGCAAACAUCUGAAUUCAUGCCCGCUCUCCGGGCCGCCCCCGGUUUGGACCCCGCAGGUCUCGGUUCCUCUGACCCGGGCCCUGACCGACAGUCUGCUGCUGUGUGUGCUCCAGGAGCCGCUGCAGGCCCUCGCCGUGUCCCACAUCGAGGCUCUCCGCUCCAGGCUGCAGGCGGUGGCUGUCACCCUGGAGAGGGUGAACUUUGGCCAGGAGGUGAACCUGGAGGAGGCGGGCCGAGGCUCCGCGCUCACGGACAAGCUAAGGCUGCUCUGCGCCUACCUGCAGCAGAGGACGACAUCCCUCCAGGUUCUGGUCCAGGUCCAGAGGGACUUUGAAUCCAGCGUUGAGGACUUGCUGCAGUGUCUGGACGAGCUCUGGACCCAGCUGGAGGAGCUCCACGCUGGAGUGACGCUCACCAAAAAGGACAGCCAGGGCAGCAGAGACCUGACUUUGGUUCAGGAAGACGCCGAGAGCUUGGUGUCAGUGUUGGCUCAGUACCGGACCAAACUGCAGUCCUGUCAGGCUCACCUGAAAGGCUGCACACAGCUCCUACAGGAGCUAACCUGGAGUCACGCUCACAUCAGCACCAAGGUGAACAGCGGCUGCGAGUCUGUCUGGCCCGAGCUAAUGCUUCAGUCCAACAUCGAACAGUUUGACAAAGUUCAGGAGAAUUUCAGCUCUCUGGAGCAGCAGACUGCCACCUUUAAGACCCACCUGGAGGGACUUGGAAUAGACCAUCAGGACGAACCCGUCGGGCCGCUCGCUGCUGCUAACAGAACCGAUGCGGUUCCCUCCCUGCUGACCCCCCUUCAUAUCAUGGAUUUGCCUCUGAGGACUUCAACCCCCAUAGAAAAGAAGAAAUACUCCCAUUUAUCGCUGCGCGAGAGGUCGGCCCUCAAGUUCUCCUCCACGAUGGGAUGCUUACCCAAACCUGGAAGGAAGAAAUGAUUUUAUUUACCUGGAAGAUUCAUUUUAACUCAUGUUUCAUAAUCAGAACUGCUUUAAUUCAUAAAAUGUUUUGCAGAUGUUGAUCAUCUGCUGGCUGCCUCUGAAUUAAGUAUUUAUUUUUAAGUUGCUUUCUUUGUACAGGAUGCAGCUUGUGUAUAUUUCCAUCUACAACUCAGCUUCAGUGAUGUCAGUUCAACAUUUUGAACACUAGGGGGCAGACUUACACCAGAUGUUACAAAAGACUACAGGUGAAAAGGGUUUGACUAAUUCUUUUUAAAAACACACCUUUCUUCCAAUUUUAAAAAAUAGAAAAUGCUAUUUAUUGAUUUGCUCUAAAAUCACAGGAUGAGUUUCAAGCUAAGAAAGUUUUAAAGAAAAUAUUUUCAGCACAUUUUCCACAUAAAAAGUGAGAAAAUAUUUAUGAUGCAACUCUAAGCAGUUUAUGAUUUUCUUUGAAUUAAUGAGUCGAGCUUAACUCUGUAUUUUAUGGUCCUUGCUUGCAGCAGUUUGGGAUUUAUGUAAAUAUAAAUGCAUUAAAUUAUUUAUUACUUCAAA